CUACUCAACCCCGUCUCAACUCCAUCCACGAAACUAUCUAUGGCUUUGCCUACACAUGGAAGAGUGAUCAUCGACACGACAGUAGGGGAGAUCGAAAUCGAGUUGUGGUCAAAGGAAACACCAAAGACAUGUCGUAAUUUCCUGGCUCUUGCUAUGGAGGGCUACUAUGACGGUGUCAUAUUCCACCGUGUUGUUCCACAUUUUCUAGUGCAGACAGGUGAUAGAACAGGUACAGGUGCAGGAGGAGAGUCGUUUUAUGGAGAACCCUUUGAAGAUGAGAUCCAUCCUCGUUUGCGAUUCCCCCAUCGUGGUAUCGUUGCCAUGGCUAACAACGGGCAGAAGAACUCGAACGACUCGCAGUUCUUCAUCACUCUUGAUCGCGCGGAUGAGCUGCAUGGCAAGCAUACCGUAUUCGGCCGCGUCGUCGGAGACACGUUGUACAAUGUCCUGAAGAUUGGUGAAAUGGAGGUUGACGAGAAUGAACGACCACUCUAUCCUCCCAAGAUCAAGACGAUCCGUAUUCUGGAAAAUCCUUUUGAUGACAUCGUACCUCGAAUCACUGCUGAAGAGAAACGAGCCCAGCAGCGGGCGCGUGAAGAAGGACAGCGUGAACGCGAAGAAGAGCAACGAAGACGAGGUGCCAAGAAAGACGUGAAACUUCUGAGUUUCGGUGGUGACGAGGGCGAGGAAGAGGAGCAACCUAUCAUAUUCAAGAAAAAGCCCAUCGUUCGCCCUGAUCUGGUCGACAUACCGGUUGAAUCUAUUGCUAUUCCUACUGUUCCAGCGCCUGUGCCCAAGGACAAGUCCUCAAAAGGCAAGGACGUCGUGGCGGAAAAGGGAGAACCGGCGGACAAGUCGAAGAAGCAGCAAGAUGACAUCGAUGUCACCAAGAUCCGUGCAAAGCAUGCGCAGGAGCAAGCUGCACAAAGCUCUGAGCGUCAAAAUCAAAUAGAGAAAAUGGAAGCAGAGAUCCGUAAACUGACUCGAAGGGGUCAUGGGGACGACAGUGAAGAGGAGCGUGCUAAGAAGAAACCGAAGAAAUCAGCUCUGGAAGAAGAGAUGUCAAAGUACGCUAAGGGACGCGGUCUGCAUAAGAAGGGCAAGCGGAAAGAUGAAGGUGACAUCAUCGCAGCUCUGAAUAGUUUCAGGAGCAAGCUGAAGAGUACUGCACCGGAGCUUGGUGAUGAACAUCAUGAGAUCCCUAUGGAGACAGAGGGCGGAGCAUCUAAAAUGGCUGGAGAAGAGGACGCGGGGAUGGAGGUUGACGACGAUACUGGUUUCCUCUCUCAUGCCUUGUCCUUCCCGAAAGAUAACGCGGAGGAGGUCAUGAAGGCACAGCGGGACUAUGAGGUGAUUGAUCCACGGCAGCGUGGAGCCAAAGCGAAGGAAGAGGAACGAGAGAAGAAGAGAGCCAUGAGACCCAAGGAUGGGGGGAGGGGUUUCAGGCGGUGAGAGUCCGCCUUUCCGUUUGUCCUCCUCCCUUCAUUCCAUCCUGCUUCUAUGCCACUGUUGUACAACCAUGUAUAUACUUAACAUUUUACAUGUCCUCCGACUAGCAUCUGCAUGUGGAAACGUCAGUCAAUUGUCUUGCCCAGCCGCGAUUCAGCGUAGUCUCUCAUGCACGCUUUGGAUUGAUAGAUCAUCAAAAACAUUGAAAAGUCUGUCAGAGGAGCAAUACAUCAAUGGAUACAGU